AUGCACCUUUUUCACGUCUACGUGUGGCCGUUGAUCGCCGUUUUAGCGGGGAAUUGUGCAAAGGGGUCAGGAAUCAGUGGAACCAAUGGCUACGUAGAGUAUUUCCCAGGUACGCCGGAUUCCCAGGUUAUUAUCACCGCCGCACAUGGGGGAUAUCUCAAACCCAGCAGCAUUCCCGAUAGAACGAAAGGGUGUUUGUCAGGGUCAACGUGCAUCUGGACCCAUACCUGUGGUUCGACUAGCUCCCAGUGUACCGCCAAGACGGUGAGAGACACCAAAACUAAGGAACUGGCUACAGAACUCACUAAAGCCUUGGAGACUCAGACGGGAAAGCGCCCACAUUUGAUCGUUAAUCAUCUAAGUAGAGUAAAAUUGGACCCCAAUCGAGAAAUUGGAGAGGCAACAUUCAACGUUGCAGCUGCCUUGACAGCAUUUAAUGAAUACCACCAAUUCAUCACUGACGCACGUGCCAACAUCACCGGUGCGGGGCUUCUCUUUGACAUGCACGGGCAAAGCCACCCUGAGAAGUGGAUUGAACUGGGUUACUUGAUGAGCAAAAACUGA